CUCAGUUCUCUGUUAUAUAUUGUUAGUUACAAAAAGAACUUAGUUUGAGUAAUACAAAGAACUUAGUGUGAUGGAAAAUUUGAGUCCUUUCAAUGAGUUCGGUUUUAGUGCAAUUGAGGAUAAACAUAGUUCAUCAAAUUAUACUUCUUGGGCUAUAGAGGGAAUGAAUGAAGUGAACAAGGUUCAAUUUUCUGGUGCUGAAGAGUGGGGUGAGUCAAUGGGAAUUGACCCUUUUGGGUCUAGUUUUGAAUUCUUUCCUUCACAGCAGCAGCAGCAACAACAAUUAUCAUAUCUUGAGUAUGGAACAUUGGAGAAUCUACAAUUUGUUGCGGUUUCUCCACCACCACAAACCCAUACAUACUUUGAUGACCUCCACAUGUUUGAUGAAAAUCCAACAAGAAUGGUUCCACUAAGUGAAGAAACUAUUGCAAACGACAAACAGCAAAACUCAUCAACUCCUUUAGCAUCACUUGAGUUAUUGAAGAGCUAUGGCAGCAACAAAGGAUUUAAGAAGUUAUGUGAUGAAGAGAAAAUUAUGCAACCAAUUGAUCACUCUGCUGCAGGUAAUGAAGUUCUUGGAAGAAAGCUUUCAACUGACGAUGUGAUGAGGAUAGCAGGAACAAGGUUCAUUCAAUCAUCACCAUCAUCACCAAAAUCUUUAGGAUCAUCAGCUUUGAAGUCAAUUUUUAGCCACCCUUUUGGUCAAUUUUUCUCAGGACUCUCUGGUGAGGAGAAAGAGGAGGUUCAACUUGCUGAAUCACUCUUGGCUUGUGCUGAGAAGGUGGGGUUUAAGCAGUACGGGCGAGCCGGCAAGUUGCUAUCUCAAUGCGAGUCAUCGUCUUCCAAGACCGGUUCACCAGUUAAGCGAGUUGUUCAUUACUUCGCGGAGGCUCUUCGCCUCAGGAUUGAUCUUGAGACGGGAAGAAUUUCAUCCAAGGACUUGAAAAAGAUGCAACCAAUGGAUCCUCGAGAGAUAACCAAGAAUCUCACCCCCUCUGUUUUGGCAUUUUAUGGAGCAGCUCCUUUCUGUCAGAUCACAAUGUUCACACUAGUCCAAUCUAUAAUUGAAAAUGUUACUGAGGCAAAGAAGAUUCACAUCAUUGAUUUUGAAAUCAGAAAGGGUGUGCAAUGGACAACCCUGAUGCAAUCCCUUGUGUCAAGAAAUCGAUGUCCUUUAGAGCUGCUUAAGAUAACAGCUGUUGGAAGUGGAAGCAAUUCGAAGCUUAUCAUAGAGGACACUGGAAAGAGGUUGAAGGAUUUUGCAAUAAGCUUGAAGAUAAACCUUUGCUAUGAUUAUGUUAUUGUACCUGACAUGCUGCAACUCAGAGAGGAUCUAUUUAAGAUAGAUCCUGAGGAAACAAUUGUGGUUUACUCUCAGUAUGCACUUGGCAGCAAGAUUCAGCAGCCGGACCAGCUCGAAACUAUCAUGAGAGUUGUCAAAACAAUAAGGCCUAGUGUACUUGCGAUAACUGAAAUUGAGGCGAGCCACAAUUCGACUUCAUUUGUAAACCGGUUCAUUGAGGCGCUUUUCUACUUCAGUGCAUUCUUUGAUUGUUUAGAGAAUUGUAUGAAGCAUGACGAGCCGAACAGGCUGGUUUUCGAGUCGCAGUACCUUGCUUAUGGAAUCAAGAACAUAUUGGCUGCCGAGGGAGCAGAGAGGAAUGCUAGGAAUGUGAGGAUUGAUGUAUGGAGGGCAUUUUUCUCCCGGUUUGGACUGGUGGAAACAGAGAUUAGCAUGUUAUCUUUGUUCCAAGCUGAGCUUGUUGCUAAAAGGUUCCCUUGUGGAAGCAGUUGUACAUUUGAUAGGGAUGGGAAUUCCCUUCUUUUGGGGUGGAAGGGAACACCAUUGAACUCUAUUUCUGUGUGGAAGUUCCUAUGAGGAAAAUUUUAUUUGUAUGCUCUGAUCAGUGAUUCUGGUUCUAGAAAACAAAUACUCUUUGCUGCAAAUUGAGAUUUUACACUCACCAUUAUUCAGCCAUCAGAUAAUGGUAGUUGUUAUAAUCUCAACAUCUUGGUAGUGUGAAACUAGAAUUCAGAUUAGGAGCCUUAGGGGCCUAACCUUGUGAAUUAUAUUUCUACUUCGAGCGAGGUUUUUCCUGGUCCAAUUAUAUUUUACUCUUACCACGAAUUAUUUUUCUUUGGUUAACUAUGAAUAAAUUGU